AUGUUUGAUAUUAUUCUACCAAAGCUAAACCAAUAAGUGUAAAUGUUUGUCCAGCAAAUAUCAAACAAUUAACUGAUCAUGAAAACUGAAAACUUUCAUUCAAUAUUAAAUAAUAACAUUUCUAAAAGCUUUUAAUUGACCAAUUUACUUUUCACAAGUGAAGCACUCCAAGCAUAAACACCAAAGCUAAAUCCUAAAUAAAAUCGGAUCAAAUCCCCUUUAAUUCCAAAAAUAGAUCUUAAGAAAAAUGCAUCAUAGUUAUUUUCUUAAAAAUAAUAAUCUGAUAGAACAAGCGAUUAGUAGGCAUUCUAUAAUGAUAGCAUGGUUGAAUUGAGUGGAUCUAGAUUUCUUUAAUAAAAGUCUAUCAAUACAGUACUUACUGGACACACUGAUAUUAUUUUAUGUAUUUGUGCUUUUUCUAAUACUUCUAUUUUAUCAGGGAGUGCAGGAGGAACUAUAAGAAUCUUUUAUAUCGAUAAUGCGUUAACCUAAACUAAAUUGAAUGAUCACUAAGGGGAUGUGUUGGCAUUAAUAAAAAUUAAUGAUACUAAUUUUUGUAGUGCAAGUUCUGAUUAAACUGUUCGUAUGUGGAACUAUUAAAGAAAGAUAUGUGAGUAUGUACUUGUUGGACAUGAAAAACCAGUCAACGCUCUAAUACAUUUAUAAGACUCGGACUAAUUGGCUUCAGGUAGUUUAGAUCACACAAUCAAAAUUUGGUCUCUCAAAAGACCUAAAAUGAGAUUAAACAUUCAAGAUCAUCAAAAAAUCUUUGCUUUAUGUUAUGUAUAAUCUAAAGGAUUAAUUGUGAGUGGAGGAGAGGGUAUAUUAAGUGUGUUUAAUAUGAUCAAUGGGUAUUGUAGGGAUAAAUUAGAAGGACAUGCAGGAAAUGUUCUAUGUGUGAAGUACUUAAAAGAAGUUGUCAAUGGAGAGUAUAUUUCUUUGGUAUCAUCUGGAGGGUAGGAUUAAAAAAUAAUUUUGUGGAAUCUGGAUAGAGCUUAGAAAUUAUAUAUAUUGGUUGGUCAUUAAGAUUAUGUUACCUGUUUAACUUUUGAUAGUGAAAAUAAUCAACUAUGGUCUGGUGGAGCUGAUUAGACAAUAAGAUGUUGGGAUAUUGAGAAGGGUAGAUAAGUUUUUAUUUUUAAAAGACAUACAAACUAAAUUAGUAGUAUUGAAUAUCUUUCUAGUAGAUAAUUGAUAAUAAGUGGAAGUUGGGAUAAAAAAAUAAGAUUAACAUCUAGAUCUGUUUUAGUAAAUUGA